AUGCAGGGGUAUGCUGCUCGGUAUAUAGAGCUAUCCUGCUUUGCGCUGUGUUUGAUCUCGAGUGAAUAUAAGAAGACACAAAGGUUCGAGAAGGGCUUGAGGAAGGAUAUCCGUAGGCUAGUAGGUAUGCUUCAGAUAUGCGAGUUCUCGAUUUUGGUGGAUAAGGCCAUAGUGAUUGAGACCGGCAUCCGAGAGGAUGAGAAAAGUAAAUUAGAACAACAAUUUCUUCGAGCCAACUACGCAGUCUUCAGAAAUAAACAAUUGCAUACUUUGCCAGAACUGGAAUUGUCAGAGGAAAUUGUCAAUAAUGCUGCGGCAUCAAUUCGUGCUAAAAUUAACUAUAUGCUGCUUAUGGCUCGUGAUAUAACUCUUGGCAAAGAUUUUAGACUCUUUUUCAAGGUGGUGGUCUGUCUAUGGCUUUUGUCCGUCAUUGGUGGCUUCUUCUCUUUCUUCACGCUCGCUUAUAUUGGAACCAUUGUUUCCAUGAUACUUCCUGCUGUGUACAGCAAAUAUAGGGAGUAUAUUGAUAGAUGCUGUGGAUUGAUUCAUCGAAAAUUUUCAAAGCACUACAGAAUAGUGGAUGAAAGUUUUAUUAGCCGGCUUCCGCGGAGCUUAUCCAAGGAAAAAGAGACUUGAAUUAGACACAUCUGACAAUGAUCUGAAGUUGGUAAACUGCG